GGUGGUCAAACACUUUUAGUUUACUCUUACAACUGUUUUCAUCUCAAAUUUUGAAGGAUCAAUCACCUGAUCCAACUUAACUGAAAGAAGUGGAUAAACAUAUUCCAUAGCUAGUAAGAGAAUACAAAGAAACACAUCCUCCUUCCUGCCCCAAAUGGAAGGAACUCAAAAUCCUUCCCCUUAUAGUCCACCGCACAAUCAAGGAAUCUCUCUGGAUAAAAUGUCUCUGCAUCAUUCCAAGAACUUGUGUCUCGCCCAAUCGCCCAGACGUUAACCAUGACUUUAGUUCCGACGGGGACCAGGUACCCGCCAACAACCACAUCUUCUUGACUUUCUCUCGGGGCUAGCAAAGGACCGUCGCGGUGCAGUCUCAAAGCCUCCUUGAUGACUGCAUCCAAGUGCACCAAAUCGUCCAAGCCUUCUUCGGUGACCUUCCCAUUCCCACGGAACGCGCGACGAACUUCUUCCUGCACUUUUUGUUAAUACUCUUGGAUUGUUCAUGAUUUCUGACAUGGUCUACUCGAAGCCCAUAAAAGGGGGAGCAGUGACGAUUCAGAAAAUUUUCACAGGGGUGUCCUCUUCAAAAAUUAAAUUUAAUUAUAUAAUAAAUUAAAUAAUUCGUAUAAAUUUUUUAUUAAAUAAUAAAUUAAAAUUCAUAUUUGGAAAAAAAAUAUAAAUAAACUCCGUGUCUGCACUGUUCAAAAAAAUCUACAUAUCCUACUAGACAAUACUUCACAAACUUAUAACAUAUUCGAUUUCUAACCUUGUUCUUAAUGUAGCUCAAAGUAGAAAAGGCUCUUCCAACACUUGCCAUGUAUCCAUAAAAUCAAUUCAAAAUUAAGGGUAGCGUGUACGUAGUUUAAUUAUUAGGUAUUGAAAAUAGUUGGGGAUAAAGAAAUAGCGUUUUACUGUUGCAUGAUGUUUAAAAUAGAAUAACAAAUGAGUAACAACAUAAUUAGAAUAUGUUUGAUAAUAAUAGUGUCCUAGGUUGGAAUAACACGGACUACCACUUAUAUUUUGUUAAUCAUAAGCAAACUAUUAUCGAGGGUAGGAUAAUCAUUUUUUCAAAUGUUAGGGUGUCCCGAAUUACCAAUUAUAUUUUGUAUACCCAUACGAAACUACUACCGGAGGUUCAAUAAUCGUUUCCCCAAAUUUUAGGGGUGUCCCUAGAGGCCCAUGUAUCCGCCCCUGAGCGGGAGUCGAGCCGGGACGAGGGUCCAAGUCUCGGCAAGUAUACGUAGCAGUCAUCUGCCAGACUGUCAUUAAUAAUAUCAUGAUAUAACAAUGAUAAAUUUUAAAAAAUCUUAUUUCAAAGGGUUAUUUUUUCUAGUAACGUCCACUCCAUAUAUAGGAAGAUUUCCUUUUACUCAGAAAACUAUUGUGGGAGCCAUCAGCUAAUGAUUAAGCACAAGCCAUGUUCUUUCUCACUUUCCUUCUCUUUCUGCCCCUAGCCUUCCUCAUCAUCAAACGCCGCCGGUCCACCAACAACGAAAACGGCGAUGUCGUAUCGAAGCUGAGCCGACGUCGUCUCCCUCCAGACCCAUGGAAGCUCCCCAUCAUCGGCAACCUCCACCAGCUGGCGCUCCACCCUCUCCCCCACGUCCGCCUCAGAGACCUGGCCCUCAAGCACGGCCCCUUGAUGCACCUCCAGCUCGGCGAGGCCUCGACCGUCGUCGUUUCGUCCCCGGAGGUCGCCAGGGAGGUGAUGAGAACUCACGACCUCAACUUCUCGAACCGCCCCCUCCUCGCCUCCGCCAGGGUCUUCACCUACGACUUCACAAGCCUCUCGUUCUCGCCCCACGGUGAUUACUGGAGGCGGCUCAGAAAGAUCUUCGCUCUCGAGCUGCUCAGCAACUCGAGGGUCCACUCUUUCUGGUCCAUCCGGGAAGAGGAGGCGGCCCAGGCGGUCGCUGGGCUCGCUCGUGCUGCUGCAGCACGGGCGCCGCCCGUUGUCAACCUCAGCAGGUUGGUGUACGAGUGGACGAGCUCAGUCACUGCGAGGGCGGCUUUCGGAGGGAAGACCAGCGAGGAUCAGGCUGGGUUUCUGACCAUUGCGGAUGAGAUCCUGCGGGAGGCUGCAGGGUUCAGCCUGGCCGACGUGUUCCCGUCCUGCAGAUGGCUGCACAGGAUCUGCGGGACGGAGGCCACGUUGGCCGACAUUCGUCAACGGCUAGACCGUGUGCUCGGCAACAUAAUUGCCAACCAUAGGUCUAAAAGGACGAGGGGCGGCGACGAUGAUGAUGGUUGUAGUACUGGAACCGCCAAAGAUCUAAUAGAUGUGCUGUUGAAGGUGCAGGAGGAUGGGCAGCUUGAUUUUCCCUUGGGGGAUGACAGUCUUAAGGCCGUUAUUAUGGACAUAUUCGUAGGUGGCACUGAAACUUCCUCCACGACAGUUGAAUGGGCAAUGUCCGAAUUGUUAAGAGACAAAAAGACGCUAAAAAAAGCACAAUCUGAGGUAAGGCGAGUGUUUGGCUCGACAGGGAUCGUAGAAGAAGCUCGUCUCGGCGAAUUGAAGUACCUGAAACUGGUACUAAAAGAAGUAUUGAGGCUUCGUCCAACUGCACCACUGCUACUUCCUAGGCAGAACUCUGAGAGAUGCGAAAUUGAUGGGUACGAUGUUCCUGCUAAUACUAGAGUACUCAUCAAUGUAUGGGCCAUGGGAAGAGAUCCUAAGUACUGGGUGCAACCCGAUGAAUUUAUCCCCGAGCGGUUCUUGGAUUCGUCUCUCGAUUACAAAGGAACGAAUUACGAGUUCAUUCCUUUCGGAGCGGGAAGAAGGAUGUGUCCGGGUAUGGCAUUUGGGAUGGCGAAUGUCGAACUUCAACUGGCUAACUUGUUGUACCAUUUCGACUGGGAGCUUCCUGAAAACGAGGGAAGCUUUGAAGAUCUAGACAUGUCUGAAACUUUUGGUGUGACGGUGAAAAGGAAACACGAUCUGUGUUUAAUUCCCGUCUCUUACUUACCCUGCCUUGCACCCACAUAAACUACGUACCCAUAAUUUGGUAUGAAGCAUUUCUUUAGUUCUUGUAUCGUUAUGUUUGAUUUGUACAAUAAUGAUUUCUACUAAAGAUUUGGCUUUAUGUAUCCUUGUGUCUUCUUUUCGGUAUAGUUUUUAUGAUGGUUAUAACAGAACGAUACAUUAAUAUCAUGUCACAAAUUCAAUUUUUAUCUGGAAGUGUAAGUGUUAAUGAAGAUUAUAAAGUUCCCCAUAAGAUUGAAAAUCGGAAAUUUCUAUCAAUCUAACACUGGUGCAAAAUCCCUAAACCAUAUUAGUGCUCUCAUAUUUUUUUCACUGUUAUAAUGGUGAUGUAAAUUUUUUAUUUCAAAAGGAAAUUACAGCAGAUACACAAGUUACAAGUAUGCUUGUCUGCAAAAUUCGUAGCAGAAAUUGACGCUAUAUAUAUUUUAACUGAGCCUCUUUCUACCAAUUCACAUUAUCGAGACCAACUAAUUUGACUCGUGCUUUGGAGAUAAGAAACUAAUAAGUCGUCCCGAUAAGA